GGAGUCGACAUCCGUCACAACCGGGACCGCAAGGUCCGGCGCAAGGAGCCCCGGAGCCAGGACGUCUACCUGCGGCUGCUGGUCAAGCUCUACCGCUUCCUGGCCCGUCGCACUCGCGCCGCCUUCGCCCGCGUCGUCCUCAAGCGCCUGUUCAUGAGCCGGAGCAACCGCCCCCCGCUGGCGCUGUCCCGCCUC